AUGCCGUCGCGCACCCCUUCUUCCGAGGACGCGCUGCCCAGGAAAGGAGCCUUGACUUUGACCCGACUUGUCGACUAUGAUGAUCGCAUCACAGACGCACUCGUCGAUCGCGUCUACUACUGGUCUACUAUCCGUAAGCUGCGAACCCUGCGUCCGCUCGGAUCUCGGGGCAUCAGAGAGGACGACGUCGUACGCAUCCUGCAGACUCAUGUAAUCUUGAACAAGGAUGCUGCUACUGCCGCACAGCACCUGCUGCAGCUACCUGCUCUGGCGAGCUACCUCAACAGCCUCCCCUCCAAGGAAGAAAAGAAACACUUCCAGGACCACUUCAGGAAAUAUGUCAACAUCUAUCUUCCCGACUGUCCCUUCGAAGUUACCACCACCAACCGCUACACCAUCAUCACCCAUGAGGCUGCAACUGUCGCUCGCAAACCUAUUCGGAAGAACGAGACCAUCAAAUACUUGACGGGCGUCCAGGUUGCCAUGUCCGAAGCCGAUGAGAAAUUCCUUGGUAUGAACGACUUCAGUGUCGUCAUGUCCAGUCGCAAGAAGCGCCCGUCUCUGUUCCUUGGUCCAGCGCGCUUCGCCAACCAUGAUUGCAACGCGAACGCCAAGCUUAUUACCAUGGGUCACAACGGUAUGACAAUUGUCAGCGCUCGAGAGAUUGAGGUUGGCGAAGAAAUCACGGUCACAUAUGGAGAAGACUAUUUCGGAGAGGACAACUGCGAGUGCUUGUGUGCAACGUGCGAACGUCUGCAGCGGAAUGGCUGGUCGAAGCGACCAUUGGCAUCUAGGUCCAGCAGCGACACACCAGGACCGGAGUCGUCCACGAAGACCAAGCGAAAAUUCACCCCAGAUGUCACACCCGUUGUCGCAAGUCCUGCUUCGUCAAAGCGUCAGAAAACCCAGCAUCCAUCCUCCGCAUCGAGGGCAUCACCACAAAGCGAUAUCUUGGGGUCGGCAUUCUUCAAACCAACACAAAAACUCAAACAUCGCUAUGGAAAGGUUGGCCGACCACCCAAGCGAACGUACGAAACCGCUCGCUCCACCUCUCCAUCAUCGUCCACCACGGAAGACGCCUCACAGACGUCUUCAGUCACCACAGAUCCCACGUCCGUCGACGAGCCACCGGCCGAAUCAGAUCUGUCAGACCUUUCCGAAAGCUACGAGUUGGACGACACCUUGCGCGAAGUGAUCCAGCGGAAACCCAAGCCAAUCAGGAUGACCACAAGACAAACCUUACGGAAACAGCUCUCCAUACCAAUACCCACUAUCGAAGGCACUGAUUCGGAUCUGGAAGAUGAUGUAUCGAUAGACCGAAGGAAGCCUGGCGAUUACACACUGACACCUCGCCUACUAACGAGUGCGGUGUCGCGUUGGGUCGAGUGCCGCAACUGUGACGAUUAUUUUAUUCAACACGAAGCCAAACUGACGCGUAUCAACUGCCCCCGCUGCGAGAGACAUAGUAAGCUCUACGGCUACGCCUGGCCAAAGACGGACAAGGAGGGCAAGCACGACACGGAAGAAAGAAUACUUGAUCACCGUACUGUCAACCGCUUUCUGCAUCCAAGCGAGGAACGC